GCAUCGACGCGUGCCGGGCCUUGCUGGUAUCUUUGGCCACGGAUGACCUGCGGCAGCGCUGGGCGCGCAGCCGCUACGGUCUCGAGGGCGCCUGGCGCACGGAGCGGAUGAGACAGAUCGAGGCGGGAAGGGCUCUCGAUGAUGACCGGCUGGGGGACGCGGCCCAAGCCUUCAACGUCUCCACCCGCAAGGGGAAGCAACUGCAGGUCGUGGAGGACGUGCUUGAGGCCGUGCGCCAGGCCCGACAACGCGCCCUGGGCACCGCGACCGCCAUGGAUGCCGAUCGGAGGGAGGCGCUGACCAAGCGGACGUGGACAGUCCCUGCUGUGCUGCGGGAGGCGAGGGCGGCGGGCUUGCCCGCGGCGCAGAAGGACAUCCAGAGGCGCCACGGCGUCGACGAGCUGCGGGAGGAGCUGCUUAUUAGAUCACGCCCCGAGGAUCUACGCCAGCGCGUGGUGGGCGAGUGCCUCCAGCGGUCGGAGCGCUUCACGGGCGAGCAGCCCUCGCCGGGCGACAUGGCGCAGUGGCAGCAGCUGCUCGACGGGAUCCCGGAGGCGCGGCGACCCGAGUGGCAGGCGGGCCCUCUGCGCGAGCAGUUGCAGGCGUACGACGAGGAGCAUGGCCUCCUGAACGCAAG